AUGAACCUCAAAAACAUCAUUCUAGCUUUCUGUGCCGAUAGCCCUCUCGCAAACAUGGUGAACGUUCCUAAACCCACCGGACUUUUCUGCAAGAAGUGUGACAAGCACCUACCCCACAAAGUGACACAAUACAAGAAAGGCAAAGAUUCUCUUUAUGCUAGGGAAAGUGGCGUUAUGACGUUAUGGAAGCAGAGUGGCUAUGGUGGGCAGACUAAGCCAAUUUUCUGGAAAAAGGCUAAAUCUACAAAGAAGAUUGUGCUGAGGCUUGAAUGUGUUGAGCCCAAUUGCAGAUUUAAGAGAAUGCUGGCUAUUAAGAGAUGCAAGCAUUUUGAACUGGGAGGAGCUAAGAAGAGAAAGGGCCAAGUAAUCCAGUUCUAAGCUUCAUAUUUUGUUAUAUUAUGAAGACAAUAAAAUCUUGAGGUUAUGUUCACUUCAAAAAAAAAAAAUUACUCUAAGUGAAGGAAGCCAGACACAAAAGGUCACGUAUUGUAUGAUUCCACUUAUAUGAAACAUCCGGAAUGGGCCAAUCCAUAGCCACAGACAGAAGAUGAGUGAUGGCCAGGGGCUGGAGGAGGGGUGAGGGGGGACUGUCUGCUUAACGGGUAUGGGGUUUUCUUCCUGAAUUGUUCACAUUACAAUGGGUAAUUCUAUGUCAUAAAUUUUACCUCAAAAAAAUUAAAAGUGCGAUAUGAGGAAUUCUUAAUCGCAGGAAACAAACUGAGUGUUGU